CAGCAAGGUCUCCCCAGAGCGGCGCUGGCUCCGGGAGCAUCGGCACCGAGCUGGCUAUGAGGCCAGGCGCGCGCGGGAUGCCCGUUGCCCUCCACUGCUGUCGGGAGGGACGACCAGCGCGCAUCUGCCCGGCGGCGUGUCCUAUAAAGGCUGCCUGGGAAGAAUGGUGAAAGGGGGCCUGGAUUCCUAACGGGCCCUGGGGCAGGCAGGCCCGCGGCCGAGUCACUCGGACGUGCUCUCGGUGCCUUCGGACGGACGAUGCUACAGUAGUCUUCGCCACAGAUGUCCUCCGCUUGGUCAAGGCUCUUCAUAACAUGGGCUGCAUGAAAUCAAAGCAAGCUUUCCCAUUUCCUACCACAUUUGAGAAUGAGAUGCGACAUGUAAGUGAAGAAAGCUUUAUGCCGGAAGAGAAAAUUAUACCAAGGCCACCUUCUCCAGUUGUCAAAGAGAAAGCAGACACCCCUCUGGUGCCCAAUAUGGUGGUCCUCGAAUAUGCACACCGCCUGUCCAAGGAAAUCUUGAAUGACGCCUUGCAGCAGUGGGCCUGCAAUAACAUCAAAUACUGUGACAUUCCAUACAUUGAGAGCGAGGGGCCUUGACGCUGUGGGGUCAUGGUACUUUCUUAAACUAUGGCUAUAGUUGGUGCUAGUUUAAAUACAUGACACAAAAGCAAAACCGGUGUGAAUAAGUACAAGAUAUCUCGAUGUGUUAAAAAAAUAUCAUAACUUCCUUAGUCUAGGAACACAAGAGGACGUGUUUGAAGGAGUUCCAUGUUGAUAUCGAUGUCUACCUUCUUGACCUUGGACGUUCACAUGCACCGCAGUAAUAAGCUACAUGUCACACCACUUUCUUCUUGAGGCAGUACCAACAUCACCAAAGAAAAUGCUUUUACAGAGUGCCCCAAUUUCCAAAUGGUUAUUUUAAAGGUAGACCUUUCAAAUAACUCCUUAACUUUCACAAAAAGGCGAAAGAUCACGGAAAGGGAGUGGCACUCAAGCCACAGCGAUGGUCAGCGGGUCUGGUUUGCUAACAUUAUUCAGAUCAGGCAUCAGAGAGCAAGCUGUGUAGCAAAUGUGCAACUUGAAACCUGUCCUUAGUAGGUAAUGAUUUUUGUACACGAAAAAGCAUAACUACUACUUUGAGUCUCAGGGCCCUCACUGACCACAGCUCUUAUUGGGUGACUCAGACCUUGUGUCUUAAAAAAAUAUGAUUUACAGAAACCAUAGUAUUCCAUAAACGUCUACUGCAUUGAAUUAAGCCACCCAAUGAAACGAUGUAAGAAAACAAGUAUGGGCAUGUUUCAUAAACAGCAAUACAGUAAAGCUUAAAACAGCAGAAGCCUCGCCUGCCAGGUAAAAGACAAAACGUUUGUCUCCCAGGCACAGACAGCAACCCACUGGGCACGCACUCCUCAUUCUUGUGGACUGGUGGGGCAGCCACCAUGCAAACUACAGCAGCACCAGAUGACACAUAAGGAUUUAUGGCUGCCUUGCAGAACAGAAAAAAUUAAUCACUCCUCUAAGGGAAAAAGUCUGCACAUGCUUCAAAGACUAUUUGUGCAUUUUGUUAAAUGGCAACACAGUGCCCCGAAAGCAGUUACAGUCAUUGUAUUUGCCACACUGCUUCGAGGCGAUGUCUCUCUUACUGUCAAAAUACUACCCCCAUUUACAAACAAAACGAAAAGGAUUAAAUACUGUUUGAGAAUUCAGUGGUAACAGAAUAUUUGGGAGAGAAGGGAAUAAGAUACUAAGAUAUAAUGUACAGGCAAUCUGGCACUAGCUCUCUAGAAUUAUCUUUUCAUCAAAAUUUGCUACACAUUAGGUUUAACUGAAGGGAAUUCCUGAAGCCCUUCACUUAAUAUUGGGUCCUUUUAUUAAAAAACAACAUGGAUCCUUGUCACUGAAAGCAAAGUCCCUAGACCUCUUUAUUGACAUAAAUAUGCAUGCAGCCUUGUAAGCAGGCAAAAGGCUACCUCUAGUUUUAACAAUUACUCCAUAAUCCAACAAAACAAAUUCUACAAGUUGCAUGGCAAGGAAGCAGUUCUCCAAAGUGAGCAACGUGCCAUCUUUUAGUUGCCUUUGGACCCCUCCUUGACCAUGAACGUCUCAGAGUUCCAGGAACCGUCUUUUCCUACUUUACUUAGUCUUACAGCUUACCUAGACGACCGACCACCAUGCCUGUUCAUCCAUGGGCCUCGCAGAAAACUUUACAUUUCCAGUUCUGAAGAGAAAUUUGGGUUGAAUGAAAAGAGCAUAGAUGUCUUUUUCAUUCAUUAUAUGUUUUACAUCAUUUGUUAUUUAUUAAUCAUUAGUGUUAGGUGCCUUCAUGUCCGUCCAACCCACAGCAGCCCU